UUAGUUAUUUUCUGAAUUCGAGACCGGCAACACACGAAGAAUAUCUACAAAAAUGACGCCAAACAUUGACAAUUAUAAUGCAGAUGAGCUGGAAGCUCCCGCUUGGUUGAAUGAUCAAUUCUUUAAGGAUGUUCUAGUUCAUCAUCUUAACGAUCCUAAUGUGAAAGUGAUUGACUUUAACACAUCACCAGCAACUGCUAAAGGAGAUCACUACGCAAGUGUCAUGUUUCGGACUAAAGUUGAUUACUCACUGCAAAACAAAACACUUUCUAAGUCCUUGAUAAUUAAGACCAUGCCCGAAAUAGAAGGACAUAAAAAGGAAUUUUUAGGUGAUUCGCACAUUUUCCCCACAGAGAUCGCUAUGUACACUGAAAUAUUACCAAAGUUCGAGGAAAUACUAUCUGAAGCAGGUGAUAAGAUUACGUUUUGUGCCCGUUGCAUUUAUCACAGUCUGGAACCGCGUCAAGUGAUGGUUUUCGAAGAUCUGGUUAUCCAAAACUAUGAAGUAAUACGUAAUAGACCAGCAAGCUUAGAUGAAAUCAAAACUGCGUUGGGAAAACUGGCUAAAUGGCAGGCAGUUAGUUUUAAAUUGUUAAAGGACAAAUCAGGACUGUUCGAUAACUUGCAGUACGAUCUCACAACAUUACCAAAUUUCCUCGAACAAGAUAUUCUAAAAUCUGGGUUUCCGACAUUCUUGGAAGCACUGGACAGUGUGGAAAGUUUAAAAAAAUACCGCAAGUAUUUUGAACCCAUAAAAGAUGUUAUGAUUGAACGAUGGACUAAUAUAAUACGUGAAUACAGAGAGAAUCGUCAAGAAGAUGCUUACUAUGUACUCUGUCAUGGAGACUUCCAUGUAAAAAAUAUGAUGUUCAGGGGCACCGACUGCAUGUUGCUCGACUUUCAGAUGUCGUACGUAGGAUCUAUAACAAAUGACGUGCUCUAUGCGGUCUACAUGCUCUUUAAUCCUGAGGAUCGUCGGGACAACUAUGAUGAACUUAUCUACCACUAUUUUACAACAUUCGCAAAUACAUUAGAAAAGAUUGGUUAUCAGGGAAAGAAGCCUAGUUUGGUUGAAUUUCGGAAGCAGUUAUUUGACAGAAAAUAUUCCGAAAUAUUUUUGAUGAGUACAUUUUUACCAAUCUUUAAUCAUAUGCGUAACGGACAGGAUCCAGCAGAAUUCAUGGAAAAUACUGAGAAAUGUCGUGAGUUAUAUCACAGCAAGGAGUAUCUUGACGACUUGGAGCAUCUUUUGCCUCGUAUGCUUCAUUUGGGAUACUUCGAACAGUUAGAAUAAAUACUGGGAUGAAAUAUAUAAAAAAGUUAUUAUAUCUUG